AUGGAACAUUCGGACAGUGAAUACAUUAAACGCCUUUUAGGCAAACCUCUUAAAGAUGCUCUAACAGCUAUUGUCCUUUAUCAACCACUUGACCCUAUUUACUUUUUGGCAACUUAUUUAAAGAAUUGGGCUGUGAAAUUCAGAGACAACUGUUACCCUGAAUUAGCCAUCACUGAGGUGAAUAAGAUAAUGGCAGAGCUAAUACCUUUUAACAUACAAUUACAAGCUGAACGCGCAAUUCGUCAAGAGAAAUUUUUCCUGAAGAGUGAACGGAUGCGUGUAGAGGAUGAGGAAAAACAAAGACAGGCAGAAAUGAAGAGGCAAAGGGUAUUGACGAUGACGAAAUCCAUUGAGGCAUCAAACAAGCUGACGGAAAGAAUCUGGCCCGUUUUACUUAAAGAUGUCACUGAAAAGCUAGCAGAACGUGAAUUCGUGGCGUGGAAAAAAGCAGAGCGGGCUCGGAAGGCGAUGGAAGAGGACAAAGAUUCUGAAACUUCAUCUCACGAUUUGGAAGAAGAGGUGGAAGAAGAAGAAGAACCAAGUGACGAAAUCUAG